AUGCUUAUAAACCCUAGUUUGUUGUUCUUGGAUGAGCCGACAUCUGGGCUUGAUUCAACAACUGCUCAAAGGAUUGCUUUGACUUUGUGGGAAUUAGCAAGAGGCGGAAGAACAAUUGUUAUGACGAUUCAUCAACCUUCAAGUAGGCUUUUUUACAUGUUUCAUAAGGUGUUGUUGUUAUCGGAAGGGAAUUCGUUGUUUUUUGGUAAAGGAUCAGAAGUUAUGGAUUAUUUUAACAGUAUUGGAUUUUCGCCAUCGGUCGCCAUGAAUCCUUCCGACUUUUUGCUAGAUCUUGCAAAUGGGAUAUCGCCGGAUAAUUCAAGUUAUGGGGAUCAAAAUGCGGUGAAGCAGAAGUUGGUUUUGGCUUAUAAGUCGAAUCUUGAUGAGAAAUUAAAAGCAGAAGUCGUAGAAUUCAAUGAUGAUGAGAACGAUGUUUUAGACAACAAGAAGCAUGAACGAUGGAGCACAACUUGGUUGCAACAAGUCAUGGUUUUACUCAAAAGAGGUGUUAAAGAAAGGAAACAUGAAUUCUUUUCCACUCUCAAGAUCAUUCAGGUUAUAGCUGUGUCAUUCCUUUGUGGUUUGCUAUGGUGGCAAUCUGAUAAGGCUCACUUACAAGAUCAGUCAGGAUUGCUAUUCUUUUACACUGGAUUUUGGGGGUUCUUUCCUUUAUUUCAAGCAAUUUUCACGUUCCCUCAAGAAAGGCAAAUGCUAGGAAAAGAACGAUCUUCAGGAAUAUUUUGGAAGUUUUUUGUAUGCGUUAUUCACACUUCUUUUUAG